UGUUGUGUCUUUCUAUCUCUCUGUAUGAUCAUCAUGAAGACUCUCUCUGUCACUCUCGAAAACGCGCAGUUUUUGUUUUAAAUUUUAUUUAUUAUUUUAUUCGUGUUCGUUAUGGAUGCUGGUGAAGCGGCGCGUCGGAUGCUUGUCGGAUCUAAUUAUGGUAACCCGAUUAUCAAUCCCAUAAUGAUGAGAUUCCGACCCAUCGCGCCGAAGCCUGUCGCCGGAGCCUCUGUUUCCGGCGACACCUCAUCGAUAUUCAAAGGAAGGAGGAAGAGGAAGUACGUUAGGGUUCAGGGGUAUAAUAGGAAGAAGAAAGCUACAAGAUCAAACACCACCACCACCACCACCACCGAGGCCGCCGCGACGACGCUGCAACUGCUCCCGGAACGACACGUGGAGAUCUUCGGAAGCGGAUCUCCGGAGGCGGGGUUGGUAUCAGAUCUGAAGCGUGGAGCGGCGGCAGAGGAGGUGUGGGUGACGGUAGAAUGCGCGAGGGAGGCGUGCAUCGAGGGAGAGGAGGAGGAGAGGAUGAAGAAGCUAGAAGAGGACACGUGUCCAGGGUUCGUAUCGGACGGUGUGGAUAGAGUAGAGUGGGUAAACGAGGCGUUGAAAAGAAUGGUGAGGCAAAGGCGGAGAAGCAGUGAGGCAGGUGAGGAAAUAGAGGUAAGGCUGAGAACAAGGCCAAUAUUGGGUUACUUGGGGAGAUCAUUCACGUGCCAAAUAAAGCUGCACGAGGACUCAAGCCCCAUUCACAUUCUUCGACCAACUUUAUAG